CAGAGCCUCCCUGCAAUGCGUCGUUCAGCGAGAUGGCUUUUGCAUCAGAAAGUUAGGCGCAGGAGGCGGGCUGAGGGCUCAGGUGUGUUUUUAUAGGCAGCUUGAAACUGGAGAAGAUGUGGGAGAUCUCUUAUGUGGACAUGUGAUAAGGUGGAGUACGAAAGGAAAGACUAUGCAACCAGACUUUCCAAGUUGGACUAAUGUAUGAAGGUAACCCUUGACUGUGCUGCACAAUGGCAGGCAAGCAAAGACAGCACUGGAGGUCCAUGUGCAAAAGUCUGGUUUUUGGUAUUUUAAUGACGUCCUGCAUAAUGCUGCUUUACUCUCUGUCCAUGCCGCAGGUGCCUCUGAACAUGCCUGAAGUUCCAGUGUCUUACUCCUGUGCCCAUCGCCCAUCCCAGCCGUCCAGCACACCAGAAAGGACGUGCACCCCCCAAGUGGACAUCAUGUUCAUGAAGACUCACAAAGCGGCGAGCAGCACCUUCCUCAACAUCCUGUUCCGCUUUGGACAGAAACAUCACCUGAGGUUCGCCUUCCCUGACAGCAGGAACGACUUCUUCUACCCCGCCUUUUUCCAGCGUUCCCACGUUAAAGACUACAAACCGGGAAUGUGCUUCAACAUCAUCUGUAACCACAUGCGCUUCAAUGCGGACGAGGUGGCCAAGCUGUUGCCUGUCGACACGUCUUACAUCACUAUCCUCAGAGACCCCGCAGAGCUUUUUGAGUCCUCCUUCCACUACUUCAGUCGGGUGGUGCCCUUAACUUGGAGGAUGCCAGGAGGGGACAAGCUGGCCGAGUUCCUCCGUGACCCCCAUUACUACUUUCACCCGGAAGGCUUUAACACAUUCUACCUCAAGAACCUGCUGUUCUUUGACUUUGGACAGGAAAAUAUGCUGGAGCUCGAUGAUCCGCGCGUAGACAAGGGGAUCCGAUCCAUCUCGGAGCGUUUCCAGUUGGUCAUGUUGAGGGAACACUUUGAGGAAUCUCUCAUUCUUCUCAAGGACGCGCUCUGUUGGGAGAUGGAGGACCUCCUCUUCUUCAAGCUCAACGCCCGCAACAGCUCAACCGUGUCAAAACUGACGCCCGACCUGAGAGCCAGGGCCCUGCAGUGGAAUGCUCUCGACUGGAAAUUGUACCAGCACUUCAACAAGACCUUCUGGGAGAAAGUAGACGCGUACGGACGGGGGCGCAUGGCGGAGGAUGUGGCGGAGCUCAGGCGGAGGAACGCGGAGAUGGCGGACGCAUGCAUCGAGGAAGGUCACGCUGUCGAUGCCGGCAGCAUCCAGGAGACGGACAUGCAGCCCUGGCAGCCCAUCGGAGAGAAAUCCAUCAUGGGAUACAACCUGAAGAAGAACAUAGACGAGGCCCAGAUGAAGCUGUGCCGUAAGAUGUUGAUGCCAGAGCUUCAGUACUUGACCGAGUUCGGCGUCAACCUCUGGGUCACCAAGCUGUGGGGACACAUCAGGUCCAUCAUCAACUGGUGAUGGGGCAUGACAACAAAUGGCAGGGACAGGUAGUGACUGAAGGGCUUUACAGUUAUGUCACAUCUUAUUUACCGGGGGGUGUGGUCAAAGUAGGCAGGUGAGGCAGAACUUCACUUUCAAAACAAAUAAUUCGUCAGAUGAAUAUUUUUUCAUUAAAUGUGUUUUCUGUAUGAUUACCAUUUUUUAAGAACCUUUUUCUUAAGUAAAAAAUCUCUAAAUUAGGUGGGAACCUUUUUCUUGGUUCUGUGAAAAUUGUAGAUUAUGGAGUUUUACCAACUCUUGGAAUGUCACUGUUAUACAUGAAAAAGAAAACACUUAAAAGGGAGCCUAGUUUGCAAAACCAA